GAGAUUCCGAUCUACAUGGCGGGCGACACGGCAACACAGCUGGUCGAGAUCUUUGGUACAUACCCAGUCUCAAAGACCUUCGCGGUGACCGACAAUGUUCCCGAUCUGCAAGAGACGGAAGUCCCCGCAUACAGCGCUGCUUUCGACGUUGAUCCUACAGCGAGAAGACACACUGCUUGCGAUGAGUGCAGAAAGCGCAAGCUGAAAUGCUCGGGCGACCCGACAGGCUGCGAACGAUGCCUCAAACAGAACCUCACAUGCCACUACUCGGUGCAGUCGAAGAUGGGACGUCCAAGAAAGAGGCAGAAGAUGGAUGAAUCUCCCGAGGACAAGGAGCAACCUGCACCGAAACAACAGCAGCCCCUGUCAUGCGGUCAGCCCGGCGUCAAGCCACAUCACAAGCAGUGCCAGAAAGCCAUUGCAAGAACCGAGUUCGAGAACGUCUGCAAUGGUCCUAUCUCCCAAUCUAUACGGCGGUCAGCGGCCGUCAGCAAUACUUCAAAUUCGACCUCUCAAGGCUCCAGCAGUACUCCGCCGCACGACGCUCCCCGUACCCCUCGCGAUGGCGACCUGGUAUCGAAUGUAUCGUAUCCAACCGACGUGGCCCUUUGGCCCGACUUCUCCGACAUGACCAUGCUCCCCGUCCCGGUACAAGAGAGCCAUGAAUAUGAGGAGAACAAUGCCUCUAUUGACCUCCCAAAUCCUGCCAUUGACCCAUAUCUCGCGGCCCAGCAUCACAAUCUCGAUCCUAACCAAGCUUACCUAUCUCAAUUACCCGCAACACCGGACUGUCCAUGUCUACCGAACCUAUAUCUCACGUUAUCUACACUUUCAACACUGUCUGCCUUCCCCGUCUCCUCAGGCACGAUCGACACCCUCUUAAGCGCCCACCGCACCGGCCGCAGCGUGAUAUAUUGCAAUAUCUGCCCACAGAAAUUCCAGACCGGCUCACAGAACGUGAUGCUGAGUAGCAUGCUCAUCACCGUGCUAGCAGACCACUGGCACAGAGUGAAAAAGGCGACCGCAAUAGACCUUCGAAACGGUUUCACGGACGACAAGAACAACACUGCAGUGAUCGAUGUCGAUUCAAACAUGACAAUUCGGCAAGAGUUGGAAUGGCGAACUUUCGGCUACAAGCUCGUCCGAGCAUGCGUGUUCAAUGAUGCCCCUGUCCCAAGCCCGCCAGGGUCGAAUAGGCCCGUCAGCUCGCCGUCCCCGUACACACUGUCCGACUUAUGCUGUGCGCUCGAACGUCGGCAGAAACAGUGGCAUGGUAUAGAGACCGAGACGGGUGAAUUUCCCGAACGUAUGACCACCGAUCUCGCUCGAGGGCACACGUUAGGUAUGACCCUGGAGGAGAUUAGGGAAUGUGAAGAGCAUGCGAGGACACAGGGGGACGAUGGGCUGCUGUGUUUGAGGAUUGUGAAGCAUGCCAGGAUGAUCAUGCGGAGUCUCGAUGGUGGUCCGCCGAGGCUGGGUGAUUCAUGAAACCCAUAUCAGAGGGCGCAUCACGACAUCACGUCCUUUUUGAGGCGUUUAAUACCUUGACGACGAAAUUCCAAAAUACCCCUAUAUUGUUGAGAAUAUAAUUGCUUUUCUUCGA